UCAAAAUGGCCGGCGUCAGACGAAAACAAACACAGAAGAAAAAGCGAAUGAAUUCUACCUUAACUGGUCGAAAAAGAAAAAGCAAAAACAAAAAAAAAGUGAAUAUCGAUAGCAAAGCCAUUCGUAAGACUUGGGACAAAUCCAAGACCCUAAAACAGAACUUUAAAGAUCUAGGCUUGGCUUACAAUGUUAACAAUAACAUGCCGGUCAAAAAUAAGGGAGAUGGAGGCCAUUUAAACAGUGAGGCAAUGGACAUUGAUAAACCUAGAAGCUCUGUUGUAAAAGAACUUGAAGAGGAAGCAUCACAUGGUAUUAAAAAAGAAAAGCACAUUUCUCCUGGCGAGACAAAGUUUUUAUGGGAACUGAUUCAGGACUAUGGUGAUAACUAUGAGGCGAUGAGACGUGACAAAAGAAACUACUACCAACACACUGCAAAACAACUGAGACGGAAAUGUACAAAAUUUCUUAAUUCCACACAAGACUUUAGUAAAUACAUCGACAGUCAAGAAUAGACUUCAUCUGUACACUUUGUAUCAAAAUGUUAAAUAAAAAAUCC